AAUUCUAAUUAUUUAUUAAAUAAUUAUCAUAACAGCAAUGUUCUUAGCUUCUGACUAAAAGCAGAAGACAAACUUCCUCGGAAGCUUUUCAUCAUCCGAGCCCUAUAAAUAUUCAAAAAGUAAUUAGAAUUCUUAAAUUCGAGAUUUCGUUAGGUACGGCCGAGCCUUAAGCGUAAGUUAACUACAAGUUACUGCCGUAUUCUAAAGGCAACUUAAAGGAAAGUGUUGAAGAGCAAACAGUUACCUUUAAGUACACAGUAAAUUGUUUGUAACUUGAAUUCAAUUUGACUACAGUGAUACUGUCAGACAAUGACGUUAAGUUGAUUGAAAGUUUCACUUUAAAUUGACGGCAAGUUUUCUGUCAAAUAACGGACCACUGACGGUCUUGUGACCAUGACGUCACGGUCAGCUUUACACCACUUCGUCGUUUGUUUUUAUAUCGUAAAUUGAAUACAAGGAGAAAAUUAUAAUGAUAUGAUUUGUGAAUAACCUCAAUUGAUGACAUUUAUUAUUAUAUUAGAUACUAUAACUUUAAAGUCUUUUUAAUCAGUUGACAUAAUAUGCGACUUGGUAAAGUUUUUUAAUGAGAAUUCCAAGUUUGGAUUAUAAUUUUUCAUUUCUGUAAUAUAAUAUUAUUUGAAAAUUAUGUGUGAAAAACAAAAAGUCUUGGUUUGUGGUGAUGUUCAAGGAAACUUUCACUUGUUAUUUUCAAAAGUUGAAGCAAUUCAAAAGAAAAGUGGUCCUUUUGACUUAUUAUUUUGUAUUGGAAACUUUUUUGGGGAUAAAUGUACGGAAUUAUCCGCAUAUAAAAGUGGAAAGAAAAAAGUUCCAAUCCGAACAUUUAUUAUUGGACCUAAUAGAGUUUCAGAUUUAGAACAUUAUUCUAAUUUAGAUGGGUCUGAAAUUUGUCAGAAUAUAACAUAUUUGGGAAAACGUGGUUUAUACAUUACUGAAUGUGGCUUAAAAAUUGCUUAUGUUAGUGGUAUUGAGGAACCGAAUACAAAUUUACCGAAGGAAAUUAUUUUGACUGAAAAUGAUGUUAUUUCGGUCAGAAACACAUGCAUUAAAAAUCAACCCGAUUUUCGAGGAGUCGAUAUUUUAUUGAGUUCCCAAUGGCCGAUAGAUAUCAAUCGCCUUGAUUCUACUAAUCAAAAAUUGCAUUGUCGUGGUUCUAAACUUAUUGCGUGGUUAGCUGCCCAAAUAAAACCAAGAUAUCACGUAAGUGCUUUGGAAGAGAUUUAUUAUCAACCACCUCCAUACAGAAAUAAAACUAAAAAUGGAGAAAAUAUUGAUAUCGCCACGAGAUUUGUUGCCUUGGCAUCUAUUAAAAAUUUAGAGAAGAUGAAAUGGAUAUACGCUUUAAAUUUAAUACCUAUUGACCGCACUCGUUUAGCGGAUUUAGCAGUUAGAACAACAGAUGAAAUGCCUUUUCCUUAUCCCGAAUGGACGUUACUUCCAGAUUAUUUCUGUACAGAUGCGGAUAAUAAGCCAUGUCAGUAUUUCUACGGCUUAGGAUCAAAUGAAAAUAACAAACGUACAUCAGAAACUGAUAGAGAACGAAAAAAAAUGAAAAAAAUAGAGUUUGAUCAAGCAAAAUGCUGGUUUUGUUUAUCGAGUCCUGAAAUAAAUAAAAAUUUAAUUAUAUUGAUCGGCAAUCAAGUGUAUAUAACUUUAGCGAAGGGUGGUUUAGUAGAUGAUCAUUUUCUUAUUUUACCCAUUAGUCACUAUCAAAGCCUUGUAACUUUGCCUGAAAAUAUUGAAAAAGAGAUAGAUAAAGCUAAAGAAAUCUUAACUCAUUAUUUUUCUCAUUCCGGAAAGAUACCAGUAUUUUUUGAACGAAAUUACAAGAGUUCGCACUGUCAAUUACAAGUCAUACCUAUAACUAAAAAUUUAGAACCACAUUUGAAAUCGACAUUUCAGGAAGUAGCAGAAAUGGAAAACAUUCAAUUUUCUACGAUAAAUAGCCUUAAAGAAGUUGCUCAACCAGGGGUAACAUAUUUUUACGCUCAGCUACCAAGUGGAGAGAAAAUAUUUCAUAAAAUUGGAAAAAACUUUCCAUUGCAAUUCGGAAGACAAGUUUUAGCUAGUCAAAAUUUACUGAAUCUGAAUGACAGAAUUGAUUGGAAAGCCUGUCUGAAAAAUAAAGAUGACGAAAUGAAAUUGGCUGCUGAAAUUAGAAACAAAUUUCAAACAUAUCAACUAGAUUUUUGAAGUAAAUUGUAUUUUUUAAU